UUCAAACCUCUAUCCAUCAAGGCAAUCCUGUUCAGUCCAGAGCUCUGCGACAAAAUGUCAUUCACUGAGGUGCUGGCCAUCUUUGGAGGAUUUACUGUCAUUUUCUACAUGCUCAAACUAGCCUGGGGAUGUUGGUGUGGAUUCAGACAGUUUUUUCUGUCAGAGCUUUGGCAAGUGGAUUUAAGGACAUACGGGCAAUGGGCAGUUGUCACUGGUGCCACAUCUGGCAUUGGUAAAGCUUAUGCCAACGAGCUUGCAAGAAGAGGCCUAGAUGUUAUUUUGGUAAGCAGAUCUGAUGAUAAGCUACGAAUGACUGCCAAGGAGAUAGAGGAUAGGUAUGGACGAAAGACUCGCACCAUCAAAGUGGACUUCACAGACGGCCCAAGUAUUUACCCUGCUAUAGCCAAAGAACUACAAGGACUGGAGAUUGGGAUUCUGGUUAAUAAUGUAGGAAUGAUCUACUCUGAUAAUUUUGCCUAUUUCCUGGAAAUACCAAAUGCUGAACAGAAAAUCACUCAGCUUAUCAACUGCAACAUGCUGUCAGUCCCUCAGAUGACCAGACUGAUUCUUCCGGCCAUGGUUGAAAGAGGGACAGGGCUGAUCAUCAACAUCUCCUCUGAAGUGGCUGUCCGUCCACAGCCUUUACUGACCCUUUAUUCUUCCUCUAAGAUCUUUGUAACGUAUUUCUCUCAGUGUCUGCAUGCUGAGUACAAGUCAAAGGGAAUCACUGUUCAGUGUGUGGCCCCAUUCAUGGUGUCCACCAACAUGACACAAAACCUAAAAACCAACUGCUUUGUGAAGAGUGCUCCCAGUUUCGCCCGUGAGGCCUUGAACACUGUGGGUCACACCUGCUACACCAAUGGCUGCCUGUCCCAUGCACUCCAGAACGCUGCUAUAACAAUGCUCGUGCCCAACUGGUUACGUAUGUCAUCAUUCUUCAUAAGAAAGCUACGAAACCUCAGAAAUGACAGCAAACAUGAUCUAAAAGUGUGCAGGGAGAAGGAGAGGCUUGGUGAAAAGGAGGAGUAGUCAUGUUCCUGCAUCUGCACAGAAGCUGAAGUUGUUACAGACAUGAACUGACUUUUACUGCUGUAUAGAGGCUUUUUAAUAUCUCCACUCU